GUAUUGUCACGUCACUUCUGUCAAAAACUGAUGGUGGGUGAUUGUUAAUUUUUCGAUAUUUUCAUACUUUUCCUAUUAGAAUUGAUCUGUUAGCUGAUAAUAAUGGAUGAAAACAGUUUUGAGCCCUUAGAGCCUUCGCUCAAAAACGUCAUCGAACAAAAGUCUUUGCGUUGGAUCUUCGUUGGUGGAAAAGGUGGAGUUGGAAAAACUACAUGCAGUUGCAGCCUCGCGGUUCAAUUGUCCAAGGUCCGCGAAUCUGUGCUUAUUAUAUCAACAGAUCCUGCUCACAACAUCUCAGAUGCAUUCGACCAGAAAUUUUCUAAGGUGCCAACAAAAGUUAAGGGGUUUGAUAACCUCUUUGCUAUGGAAAUAGACCCCAAUGUGGGGCUCACUGAGCUGCCUGAAGAGUACUUUGAGGGGGAAACAGAGGCCAUGAGGCUUGGCAAAGGAGUGAUGCAAGAAAUUGUGGGAGCCUUCCCUGGAAUUGAUGAAGCUAUGAGCUAUGCCGAGGUAAUGAAGCUGGUCAAAGGCAUGAACUUUAGUGCAGUUGUGUUCGACACGGCCCCAACUGGCCACACACUGCGUCUACUCUCCUUCCCGCAGGUCGUGGAGCGAGGGUUGGGCAAAUUGAUGCGCUUGAAAUCUAAGGUUGCACCAUUCAUCAAUCAAGUCGCAGCACUGUUUGGACUUGCAGAGUUCAACUCUGACAUGUUCAGCAACAAAAUGGAUGAAAUGCUCUCAAUUAUCAGACAAGUGAACACCCAGUUCAAAGAUCCCAAUCAAACAACAUUUGUUUGUGUUUGCAUCGCCGAGUUCCUAUCAUUGUACGAAACUGAGCGCUUAGUGCAAGAACUGACGCGAUGCGGUAUCGACACGCACAAUAUUAUCGUUAACCAGCUACUACUGAGAUCUUCUGCGCCUUGUGACCUCUGUGCAGCUCGCCAUAAGGUUCAAGAAAAAUACUUGGAGCAAAUAGCUGACUUGUAUGAAGAUUUCCAUGUCACCAAAUUGCCACUGUUGGACAAAGAGGUUCGUGGCGCGGCAGCUGUCAACUCAUUCUCCGAAUACCUCAUCAACCCAUACGUUCCACCGUCACCCACUACAUGAAGUCUUUAGAUCCGAUUACUCGUGACAGAACUAAUAGAUUCUCGUUCUGUUUGUGGUGGUUUCAUCUCUUUCCAAUUUCAUGCCAGGUAAGUGUGAAGGUGCUAUGAGUCACAAGUAUUACUGGCCUUGUUGUAGCUUUGAUACAAUUUGUGAUUAUCGUAUGCCUGCAUACAUCACCAGUUGCGACAUUAUCCAUGUAUUUGUGUCUAUAUUGUAUCAUAUCUUUGGAUGGAUUUGUAUAUUAUUCUAUUUACUUAGUAUUAAUAAAUGUAAUAUAAUUCUGAAA